ACUACCCAUGAUCCCAGGCCCACUCACAUUGCAACAUGAAAAUCUUACUCAGACUCAAAACACUCAGGUGUGUCUGGAGCAGCCAACCAUUUUGCAGGGCGUUCCAGAAUGACAACAAGAGGUUCGCUUCACUCAACCUUUCUCACUACGAAGCUAUUAACCGGGGUGACAAGGAGGUCCCAGAGUACUUUAAUUUUGCAAGUGAUGUGCUGGAUCAAUGGUCCAAAGCAGAAAAGGAUGGAGACAGGUCAUCCAAUCCAGCCCUCUGGUGGAUAGAUGGCAAAGGAAAUGAAGUGAGAUGGAGCUUUGAGGAGCUGGGAGUCCUGUCACGGAAAGCGGCCAAUGUGCUCUCUGGCCCAUGCGGUCUGCAAAGAGGAGACCGAGUGGUUCUCAUUCUGCCUCGAGUCCCAGAAUGGUGGCUGCUGAAUGUGGCAUGCAUUCGGUCAGGGAUUGUGUUCAUGCCAGGAACACCUCAGCUGACGGCCAAAGAUAUCCAGUACAGGCUCCAGGUUUCGAAGGCCAAAUGUAUCAUUACCCACGACACCUUGACCCCUGCAGUGGACUCCAUUUCGUCUUCCUGCCCCUUUCUGAAGACAAAGUUGCUGCUCUCCGAAGGCAGGGCGGCGGGCUGGCUGAACUUCAAGGAGCUCCUUGACGUGGCCCCUUCUGAUCACAGCUGCGUGAAAACCAAGAAUGAUGAACCAAUGACGAUCUACUUUACAAGUGGAACUACUGGGUCUCCAAAAAUGGCAGAGCAUUCCCAAAGCAGUUUAGCUCUUGGAUUGGCAUUAUCUGGAAGGUCUUGGCUGGACAUAAGGCCUUCAGACAUCAUCUGGAACAUGUCUGAUACAGGCUGGGUGAAGGCAGGCCUGGGGAGUGUUUUUGCACCAUGGCUUCGAGGCGUCACCGUCUUUGUACACAGCAUGCCCCAGUUUGAGCCGAGAGAAUUCCUAAAUACUCUCUCCCAGUAUCCAAUAACGACAGUGUGCAGCGCCCCGACAGCCUAUCGCAUGUUGGUGCAGCAUGAUCUUACCAGCUACAGGUUCAAGAGCCUGAGGCACUGUUUGACAGGAGGGGAGCCGCUCAACCCAGAGGUGAUGGUGCAAUGGAAAAGGCAGACGGGUCUGGAUAUCUACGAAGGCUAUGGACAGACUGAAGUGGGUAUUAUAUCGCAAAAUGAGAAAGGGAAGAAAAUUAAACCUGGGUCCAUGGGCACACCAGCUCCACCUUAUGAUGUUCAGAUUAUAGAUGAAAACGGCAAUAUUUUGCCUCGUGGGGAAGAAGGAGACAUUGCCAUUAGAAUAAAAUCCAAGAGGCCAUUUUGUUUCUUUUCCCGCUAUGUGGAUAAUCCAGAGAAAAAUGCUUCAGUCUUCCGUGGGAAUUUCUACAUUACUGGAGACAGAGGACUAAUGGAUGAAGAUGGCUAUUUGUGGUUUGUUGGGCGAUCCGAUGACGUCAUCAUCUCUUCUGGGUAUCGUAUUGGGCCUUUUGAGGUGGAAAGUGCUCUGAUUGAGCACCCAGCAGUGGUCGAAUCGGCUGUGGUGAGCAGUCCAGAUCCUGUCAGAGGGGAGGUGGUGAAAGCUUUUGUGGUCCUAUCUCCUUCCUUUGCAUCACACAACCCUGAGAAGUUAACCCUUGAGCUGCAAGAACAUGUCAAAAAGGUGACUGCUCCAUACAAAUAUCCUAGAAAGAUGGAAUUUGUCCAAGAACUGCCAAAAACCAUCACAGGCAAAAUUCGAAGAAAUGAAUUGAGGAAAAAGGAGUGGGGACCCAUUUAGUUCUGUGCCAAGGUUCAGGCAAGAGUUCUCCACCAUCGGCAUUAGGCUGGCAUUUAAAAUGUGUAGAACCAAUGUGUGCUAAACUGUGUUAGUUUUAAGAGUAUUUAGGUCAUAAUGUGGGCAGAUGUUAAAAGUGAUCACCCCAUUCCAAACUAUUUCAUGAUACCUAACACAUGCAAGGGUCAGAUUAAAAAGGACAAGCAGGGGCUGCAACAAGAUGUUGUAGCCAGUGGAUGCUCAGCUCUUAUCAUGAGUUCCCCAGUUCAGGGUUCCAGGAUAUGAUCAGCUUUAAGAGUGGGGUGAGCAUGAGCAAUUCCCCCACCCCUUUAAGUGUUGCUGUUGUUUUAAAGAAAACAGAUUUUUCUUUUGUACUUUUUCUGCAACCUUUGAAGUUCCACCAUUUGUGACAGUCACAACCUUUUGUUUCCCAGUGGUCCUGUUUUGGCUGCUUUCCUGUUGGCACUUGCCAUCUGUGUUUACUAUUUAGAGGGAGUGAUUUGUUAGAAGGCUUCUCUGGGCUAAUUUGUCAUGAAAGAAUAUGGGUGGUGCAUACAAGCAUAGACCUGAGCCUGUCAUUUAAAAGAUGCCUUACAGCAGAUAGGGAGCCUGUGGUCUUCUGGAUGUUGUUUGGACUCUGGCUGCCAUCAGCCCCAGCCAGAAUGGCCAGUGAUCAGCUGACAAUGGACAUUGUUGUUUAACAUCUGGAAGGCAACAGGUUCCCUGCCCUGCCUUAGAACUGAUGCAUGUAGGAAGCUACCUUACACUGAGUAAGACCUUCUCACUUAGAAUUAGACACAGACUAGCAGACAUUUUUUAGGAUGUUGG